UGCCUUCCCGAAAUAAUAAUUAGGAGAAGUUACUAUUAUAUUUAGGAAGUAGCCGCAGACGGAAUAUUAAUCCACGUAUUGGCCUUGAUUCCCAAACGGGCGCCCGAUUUGGCGGGCGAGUGAGCUCAUGCCGCGCCUCAUAGACGGUAGACGAGUGCUCAUUAGCAGACCUUAUUGUUGCCUGCCAGUGCUUCCUUUGAUCGCACGCGAAUGCAGUUAGCGUUGCUAGUCCGGCACUAGUUUCCGAACGUACAUCUGCACGCGCGCUGUUGCCCGCGAAAAUUGAAAUAAAUAUAAUAAAGAAAUAUAUAUAUUUACGCGCGCUUUUCGUGAUAUGAAAAAAUGGGUGUUGUGAAAAAUAAGAAAAAUAAAACGAAAAACGAUGAUGUGAAAACGGAUGUUGUUAACGGGAAAAAUAAAAAGGAUGAUGGGAAAGUGAAAAAGAAGAAAAAAGUGUCGUGUUUACAAUGCUUCAAGUCUCCUGACGAUGGUGGUUUGGAAGGCAAAUAUCGGGUUGCGGCGCCUGAACUUAUGCAGGACACAUUCAUGAGCGACUCCGAAGACGAAGGCGGAGAGGUCGAGUGUCCGAUCCAACAGCAACAGCAGUACCGCUACAUGAACAGCGAGGCGGGCACACUGAACCGCGCGAGGCCCUUAGAGGAUAGCGUCACGGACGGACACCUCUGGCCGAGCAACAAUGACAGCCGCGUCGCCACCAUCGAGAGACAGCCGCUGGACAUUGGGUUCCUGGUGUCGUUCGUGGUGGACGCCCGCGGGGGCGCCAUGAAAGCUAAGAGACGCGGUGGCGUGCGCAUCAUCGUCCCGCCCGCCGCCUGCGCCGCGCCUACCAGAGUCACUUGCCGCGCUGCAACAAGACGUGCUCCCGCGGCAGCGCCUCCGCCAUUGAUGGAAGGAGAGGCGUUAGCUUCGAGAUUAUUGGAGUUACAACCACAGGGAGCUAAGUUCUUAGCGCCAGUAAUCAUCGAAGUGCCCAUCUUCACGGCUUCGUGCCCAGAACGCGAGAUCGUUAUACUGAGGUCUGACACCGGCGAGACUUGGCAAGACCAUUAUCUACACAAUAAUGACAAUCCCAUGAUACAGGAAACAUUGACCCGUGAAAGACAAGAACACGGAAACAGCGGAGAAAGUCUUGGGGAGAAUGGCGAGAGAGUGACACGUAUCAUAACUUGUGACUUCCCACACUAUUUGGCCGUUGUGUCCAGAGUUCGACAGGAAGUUCACAUUAUUGGUCCAGAGGGGGGGACCAUAUCCUCUGCGCAUAUACCACAGGUCCAGGCGCUGUUCCCGCCGCAGGCGCUCACGAAGCGCAUCCGCGUGGGGCUGCAGGCGCACGGCGCGGCGCCGGCGGCCGCGCGCCGCGUGCUGCCGCGCCACGCCGCCGUGUCGCCCGUGCUCACCGUGGAGCCGCGCCGCCGCAAGUUCCACCGCAGCAUCACGCUCACGGCGCCGCUGCCGCACGCGCCCGACCACAAGGUCAACAGCCAUGACAAACAAUCCACCGCCAACCUCCGCCUGCUGUGCUCCAUUAUGGGCGGUCAAGCGCGAGCGGUGUGGGAAGACGUCACAGGCUCUACUCCACUAACCAUCACAGAUGAUUGUGCUUCCUUCACUACUACCGUAUCUGCCAGGUUUUGGCUAAUGAACUGUCAAAAUGUUAGUGAUGCGACUAAAUUGGCUACAGAAUUGUACAGGGAGAUGCUACUAGUGCCAUUUGAAGUGCGUAUCGUGGUCCUGGGCAAGCGACUGGACGCGCUGGAAGGCCGUCUUCUUGUACUGUACAUCACAGACCGGUACGCGUACGACACACUGCUACAUCAGGAGCAUUACACAGAAGUUGCCCACUCAACUGCAGUAAAAUUCUUGGAUGGCAAGCCAAUUUAUCUAGAGUUUUCUGGAAACUUAGUGCCAGUUACCAAAUCUGGCACUCAGCCCACUUUUACAUUUGAGGCAUUCAAAGACAACCGGGUAGAGUUCACGGUACGAGUAAAACAUCACGAGGAGAAUCCAUCCGGCAGAAUAUAUUUCAUGAAUGAACCUAAGGCGGCGAAGGGCGAGCAGGCGCCCAGUCCCGCGUGUGUACUGGACGUGUCCCUUCCGGAACGCAUCGCGCCCCGCGCUGCCAAGAGCCACCUCGACUGCCUCAACCUCGACCAGUCCGGAUUUGAUGCGCUUAAGGACGAGCUAAGUUUCCACUGGGGUGAUCACAACCAUAGCGUGGGUCCGCCUCCCAUACCUCAAGACCAACCCGCCCUACAACUCAAUGGACACGAUAAAACUAUUGCUAACGGUGAUGUCAAAUACACAACGAAAGAAACAGACAAGGACGACAAAACACAUGUAAACGGUGACACUCUGCACGUUGAUUCAAAUAAAACGAAAGCCACGUUUGAUUCUGAUGAAGAUAAAACUCCCAUGAAUACUCUCGAAAAAGGCAAAAAGAAGUCUGAGGGAGGUUCUUUCUUAGGCGGUCUCGCUGGUAAAGUUAAAAAUGUAUUUGGUCACAGUGAAGAUAAAGAAGACAGUAAGGAAUCCUCUCCUAAACCCCAACCCAAACCAAGAGAAUCCAAAGAGAAGACCCCUCCUAAACCUGCACCAAGACUUAUUACCGAAGAUUUGCUAGAAAAGGUCGACGAUAUGUUUAAAGAUGUACAUUCUAAACGACACCUAAAAGACGAAGACGAUGUCGACAGCAAAGUAUAUGCAACUAAACUUAUAGUAGACGAAGAAAAUCCUAAUGAUAUAAAAAAUAAAACUGAAGAAGUAUACCAUCAAUACGAACACAUGCAACCAGUAGAAACACCUUUAAUUUGCAAGAAAAGUGAUCCGUUCCAAUUUUACACAGACUGCUGUGAGGGCAAAUUUAGGAAAGGUGAAAAACAUCGCCAUGAUGAAACUUCUAAUUUAACAGAUAGAAUCGAACAAGUCAAGUUUACUGCACAUGAAAAACUUCAAGAAGUUAGUGAAAGUGCCGAGAAUAAUUCAAAAGAAGCUUUAGAUAAAGUAAAGAAGGAACAGGAAAAUAUUUUGCAACAAGCCAAUGAGGUCACAGAGGACAUACUAGUAAAAUCAGAAAAUAUUAAAAACGAUUUGAUUAAUAAGAAAGAAGAUUUAAAGUCUAAUAUUGAAGACAGUGUGCAAAUAGCUAAUAACAAGUUCGACGAUAUCAAAGAAUCAGUCGAAAAGGCAAAGGAGGAUGCAUAUUCUAGUGCUGUUGGGAUUAAAUCUAAAGUUGAUUCGAGUGUUGAAAAUGUAAAGUCUUCCGCAAAUAAUGCCGUAAAUAAUGUAGCUGAAAAUGCUAACAACACUAAGGAAAAAAUUAAAGACAAAGCUCAUGAGCUUGAUUUUGCUGCAAUGGAAAUAGCUGAGGAAAUGAAAUUAAGAGGACACGAUAAGUUGUCAAUGCUAGGUAAAACAUUUGAAGAUACAACAAAUGACAUUAGUCAUAAAACUAAAGAUGGCGCCAAUGCAGUAAAUGAAAAAAUGAAUGAUAUUAAAGAUAGCUUAGAUAAAACAUCUCAUAAUAUUCAAACUGGUACAGCACAUCAAGCUGAAAACGUUAAGGAAACAGCAAUCAAUAUUGAAAAUAAAAUAAACAAUAAAUCAAAUAAUGCCAAAAAAGCUACUAAAGAUACUAUUGACGACUUAAAAGAUGCUACUAAAGAAAAAGUUAAUGAAAUAAAUGAAUCGAUUGAUGUUGCUAAAAAUAAAGGUCAAGAAAUAGCAGGUGAUGUGAAAUCCAAAGCAAAAGAUAAGAAAGAUAAAGUUAAAUCAGAAGCUAAAAAGAAAUCUAAAGAGGGAAAGAAUUUCUUUACAGGACUUGUUCAUAAUAUUUUCGGAGAAAAAGAUAAAAUAGAGAAUGAAGUUAUUGAAAAGGUUGCUGACGCUAAAGAUUCAGUAAGUGAAUUAGCAAAUAAAGCGUCAGAAACUAAAGAAAACGUGGAAAAUAAUAUUACCAAGGAAGAAGAAAAAAUAAUAAAAGAUGCUGAAGUUAUCGUUCAAAGUGCAAAAGUAAAAACGGAUGAAUUAUUAGAAAAAGCGAAAGAGACAAAAGAAAAAACCGUCAAUAACGCGCAAGAUAAAACAAAUCAAUUAGCAGGUGACAUUGAAAACAAAACAAAAGAUGCCAUUAAAGUUGCACAAGCCCAAGCCAAUAAUACUGUAGAAAGUCUCCAUGAUAAAAAAGACGAACUAGUUCAUGAUGCUCAGGAGAUAAGCGAAAAUGUCUUGAAAAAUGUUCACGACAAAACAGAUAAACUUGUUAAAAAUAUUGGGGACAAAAAAGAUGAAACAUUACAGUUUGCACAAGAUGCAAAAAAUAAUAUUGUGGACACUUUUGUAAAUAAAAAACAGGAAGUAUAUCAAAGUGCGGAUGAAAAAAUGGACGAACUUCUGAAAGUCGGACAAAAAAAGAAAGAUGAUGUAGUAGGUAACUUGCAAAACAAAAGUAAUGAAAUAAAAGAGAAUUUAGAAGAGAAGAAAAAUACGUUAGACGAUGCCAUUGUCAAUAAAAAAGAUGAAAUAGUGAAAACUUUUAACGAUAACACAGAACUUGUUAAACAAAAACUUGGACAAUCAAAAGUUGCUGUAGAGGCUGCCAUAAUUAAAAAGAAAGACGACGUAAUAGACACCAAAAAUGCUUUACAAGAAUCGGCAGAAGAUAGAUUAAAUAGGAUAAGGCAAGAAGCUGAACAAACAACAGAAGAAAUCAAAAGAUCUGCCGAGGAGGUUCUCAAUGCAGCUGCAGAAAAGAAAUCGCAUACUGAAAAUGUUGUCGCAGAUAAAUUCAGUGAUCUUAAAAAGAGUGGAGAGGAUGAACUACUAACGCUUGACCAAGUUGCGAAAGAAAAAGGAAAUGAAAUUCAAAAGUCUGCAAAAGUAACUUUCGGUCAAGUUCAGAAAUCAGCUUCCAGUGCUUUCGACGACAUCGAACGCACCUCGAAGGAUAAAAUGAACAGCGCAAAGGAGACGUAUGAAGAUGUGCAUAGUUCAGCCCGUGAUACAUUUGCUGAUUUGAAGGAUGAUGUCCAUGGAUUAGAAAGUUCAGCACAGGAUACAUUGCACAGUUUUCAGAGUUCUGCAGGCAACACGUUUGACAGUCUUGAUGAAUCUGUUCGGGAGUAUGUAGGUGGUGCGCAACAUUCUACUUCUAACGCAGAAGACAGUGCAAAGGAACUUUUCGGCAAUGUAAAAGAUACAUUUGAAGGUUUCCAAGUCGCGGCCGGCGAUAAACUCGAAGAUAUCAAAGGAUCUACAAAUGAGAGUUUGCAGGAAGUAGAUGAUAGAUUGCAAAAUACUAAACAAGGAAUCAAGGAAGGGGUAAAGGGGACAGAAGAGUACGUGGCUGACACCCUAUCAAAUGAAGCGGAUAAGUUCACGAGCAGUCUAAAUGACUUGGGCAACUCGGUCUUCGGAAUGUCUGGCAAAGGAUUCAUGAAGGAUUCUAGCUCGAAAUUGCUUGAAUCCGAGAAAUCACAGUCUUCGCCACACAAGAAAAGCUCCGGAAUACCGAAGCUUAAACGGAAGAAUAAGAAAUAAGCGCGAACGAGCUACCAGCGGCGAACGAAUGUAUGGUAUAGACUAGAUUAGAUGUACUAUUUAUUGUUAAUAUAUUUUCCUACAGCACUAUUGUUUCACAGGUGCAAUGGUAAACUAAGCUCUUACAUACAAGAGAAUUACUUAACAAAAGGUGCUCAGUGAAACAAUCGUCUUGUAAUAUAGAUCAGUGUAAGCUUACCCUGUGUGAGAUGUGUCAUUAUUAUAACGAUGAUGUUUUAGAUAUUCGCUCGAAUAAAAUAAACAAUGGAAGUUAACGUAUUGGCAGGCAAGGCAUGGCACAAAAGAAUUUUAUUAAUUUAUAUAAUAUAUAGGAGAUUUUAAAGUAAAAAUUAUAAUUGAUUAAAUAAUAGGAUUAAUGCUUUAAAUAUAUUAAAUCCAAUUAAGCGUUGAGCCAAUCAAGAAACACUUUUUAACUUCCAUUAUCCAAGUACAAAUGAGUACAGUCAUUUACUACGAUUUUUAAUAUUUUAACUAGUUUUCGAUUUCAAAGAAAUCAAGUCUAUUUAGUGAUAGUUUAUAAAUCGUGUUUUAAUACAUAUUAAUUUAAAGUUUUUUUUUUUAAAUAAUUUAUACAGAUUUAUUUAGACGUUAAAAUCGUGUCUAUAUUCUUGCCUAUUAUUCUUGAUAUAAUCCCUAUUUGUUUUUAAUAUAAUCAUAUUUCGAUUUUAUACUUUUGACAUGGAUCAUUUUAAUAUAUUAAAAAGUCAUUUUGUUGCAAUGUUAGGUAUUAUGUGCUUACGUCUAAACUUGUGCGCUUAGUGCAACUUUUGGUGCAGCGCUAUGUAAAAUUUACUUUAUUUAAAAAAUGAAUACUUACUGACUUAAAAAUAUUUUUUAAAUGUGCGCACAAGUAUAGACAUUCGCCAUUUGAUGUAACGUCAAAUAAUUCGCAUUUUUGUAUUUAAUUUUAAGUAUUUAUGUAUAAUAGACGCAAUUAUAAAUGUUUUUGUGUUGCAUAAUUUAUUGUAUUUUAAAUGUGUUUUCUUUAUACAGUUUUCACUGCUUUUGUACAGUAUUUUAUCGAUGUUUGUUGUAAUGUACCGAUAGACAGCAACCGAUUUUUCAUUCUAUAAAUACAUGAUUUUAUUAUAGAUCUGCUAGGUAUUUAUUUUUAUAUAUGACCUAAUAUGGAAGACGAAUCAUCACGAUUCGUCAGCAAAUUUUUCAGUCAAAAUGUUUUAAACGUAAGAUUUAUGCACAAGUGUAACAUCAUUUUAGUGAUAUUUAAACUAUUCAAAACGGAUAAUUGCAUCGAGAGUAGCGCUUGCUUCGCUUGUGACGUCUCUCUGUUUAUUGUUAAUGUAAGAUGAUAUUAUACGAAAAUGUUCACGAUCAAA